UGCCUCACAUUAACAACUUCAACUUAUUGCAACUUGCUGCUAUAUAUAGAGACCCUUAAGCUCUGUGGUUUGUAUACUUGUAUUCAUUGACAUUUUGUACUUAAUUUUCAAGUUUAGAUACUAAAGUGAUUGUACUGUUUUUAAGGAACAAAACAAAGAGAGAAGAAAAACACUAAGAUUUUGUUUUUUCUUGUAAUAACCUGCAAAAAGCAAUCUGAAAAACAAGAAAUGAGCUUGAGGUCCAACAGUUUCAAACAUGCAGACUCAGAAAUCAUCAACAAGUCAUUUGGGUCUCCAAGAAUUGGCUCACCGAGAAAUGGGUCACCAAGAAAGAAUUCGAUCAGGCUAAAGAGUAAUGAACCUGUGAAAAUUGUGCUUGAGACAACCCUGUCUUUCAAGAACCUGGUGCAGAGUAUCAAGAAAGCAGGGUAUGAUGAUGAUAGAGCUGAUGAGUUCAGGUUUAUUCAUAAGCCUGUGGAAGUGGCUCCCCUCACACUUCCUGAGCCUGCGAUCUUGUUCUCGCCUAGGCCGGUUAGCGAGCUCGAUGCUGCUGCUGUCAAGCUGCAGAAAGUCUACAAGAGUUAUCGGACUCGAAGAAAUCUGGCUGAUUGUGCUGUUGUAGUUGAAGAGCUUUGGUGGAAGGCAUUAGAUUUUGCAGCUCUUAAGCGGAGCUCGGUGUCAUACUUUGAUGGUGAAAAGCACGAAACCGCGAUUUCUAGAUGGGCACGGGCCAGAACAAGAGCUGCCAAGGUGGGGAAGGGGUUAAGCAAGAGCGAAAAGGCUCAAAAGUUAGCUUUACAACAUUGGCUUGAAGCUAUUGAUCCACGACAUCGCUAUGGACACAAUUUACACAUGUACUAUGAUGUGUGGUUUGCAAGCGAAAGUGUUCAGCCUUUCUUCUACUGGUUGGAUGUUGGUGAUGGCAAAGAUGUAAACCUUGAAAAAUGUCCGAGGAGCAAGCUGCAACGACAAUGUAUCAAAUAUCUGGGACCAAAUGAGAGGGAGGCAUAUGAAGUAAUAGUAGAAAAUGGAAAGCUUGUAUAUAGACGAAGUGGAGUGUUUCUGGAGACGAUAGAGGGUUCAAAGUGGAUAUUUGUUCUUAGCACGUCGAGGAACUUGUACGUGGGAAAGAAGAAGAAAGGAGAAUUUCAGCAUUCUAGUUUCCUUUCGGGUGGAGCUACUAUGGCUGCUGGAAGAUUAGUUGCUCAUGCCGGUGUUUUGGAGGCUAUAUGGCCUUAUAGUGGGCACUACCACCCCACAGAAGAGAAUUUCAAGGAAUUCAUCGGCUUCCUUGAGGAAAACAAUGUGGAUCUCACCAAUGUAAAGAGAUGUGCAAUAGACGAAGACUCAUUCUCAUAUGAUAACAGUAGCGAGGAAACAACAGUAGCAUCCGGAGCACCAGCUGCACAACCACAAGAUAUGGACACCUUAUCCAAGAUUUCAGACAAUCAUGUCAAUGCACCAACAUUCAACAUGGCAAGACGGUUGUCCCAGAAGUGGACAUCAGGUGCUGGACCGCGUAUUGGUUGUGUUCGCGACUAUCCUGCAGAAUUACAGUCCCGGGCUCUUGAACAAGUUAACUUGUCUCCAAGAGUAGCAUCAGGACCUGCAUUUGGAAACUACGGUCCCAUCCCCUCACCGCGACCAAGCCCGAAAGUCAGGCUGUCUCCCAGGCUGACAUAUAUGGGACUCCCUAGUCCCAGAACUCCCAUUGCCUCCAAUUGAAAGCCUUGAAGCGGCCUCCAAUUUUUUGCUGCCUUGGAGCACUAUUGGUGCACUCGGGAAGGACUAGUAGAGUACAACUAACUGAAAUUUAUUCAUUUUUUGUUCAUAAAUUUUAAUAUUUACACUGUUUUGAGUUCAGGUUUCCAAAA